AUGGCAGAAAUAGGAAAAUUGAGAGUUUUGCCGUUCGUGGCUAAUAGCGGGGGAUUACCGGCGAAUGAAACAACUUUCGUUAAAAUGUUAAAGGAAUUUGGAUAUUCAACCGCAUUAAUUGGAAAAUGGCAUUUGGGCGUCAACUGUCGCGUGUACAACGAUAAUUGUCAUCAUCCGAUGACUCACGGCUUCGAUCAUUUCUACGGUCUGCCGCUGACAAACCUUAAAGAUUUUGGCAAUGACGGAGCCAGCGUAUUCAUGUCAAACAAUCCCCGUAUCAAGACGGGCCUGACCUCUGCAAUAUUCACUCUGACACUGUCAGCUAUCUUUAUUUCACGUUAUUACACAACUAAGAGACCCAUAUUUACCUGUUUAGCUUCCCUGCUUUUCACGGCCGUUCCGCUAACCUUGUUUUACGUGUUCAUAACUAACAUCAAACUCCUCAACAGCGUUCUAAUGCUGAAUACGCGGGUGGUCGAACAACCCAUUUCGUUUGACGAUAAUCUCUCGCAAAGGCUGCUAGAUAGGGGAGUCAAUUUUUUACGGAAGACGAGUCGUUUCGUUAACAGCUCUUACAGCUUGGGUCCCGAACGUCCGUUUCUCCUUUUCUUUUCAUUCCUACAAGUGCACACGGUUCUUCAUACGGCUCCACGCUUCUCCGGUGCUUCUCAACACGGUCGUUAUGGCGAUAAUAUUCACGAGAUGGAUUGGAUGGUAGGCCACCUUUUAGACGCCCUCGAGACCUUCGGUUUAGCUUCUAAUACUUUCGUUUAUUUUACCUCAGAUCAGGGUGGGCACGUCGAAGAAAAAGGACUAGACGGUCAACGGGAAGGAGGUUUUAAUGGGAAGUUUAAAGGUGGUAAAGGACAAGGCGGCAUGGAAGGUGGCAUUAGGGUGCCGGGAAUUAUAAGAUACCCUCCUUUAAAAAAUAAUACUAACCCAGAAAUUUCCAUUCCGACCAGCCUCAUGGACUUGUGGCCUACCAUAGUUAACUUGGCUAAGCCUUCAGUUUUGGGUAAUAAUCAAUCAGAAGUGAAUUUAACUAUAAUUAGCUAUGGAAAUGUUGAAUACUUUGAAGAUAUGAACGAAGAAGAUGAUAUCGAAAUAAAUAAAACGGAUUUUCCCAUGGUUGAUGGGAAGGAUUUAUGGCCAUUACUAACUUCUAAAUCAUCAACUCAUCAUCACCAAUUUCUCUUCCAUUACUGUGGUACAGAAAUCCACGCCGUUAGGUAUAUGCCUGAGUCAGAAAAUAGAAUAUGGAAAAUUUACUACAUCACUCCUCGAUGGAUAGAAGGUACACAGGGUUGUCAUUACAUAUGUUUUUGUUACGGUUCUCGCAAUAUUAUCAAGCACAACCCCCCUUUGCUAUUCGAAUUAAUUAGCGAUCCUUUCGAAGAUACAUGCUUAACUCCACAUUCCUCUCAUCAUUUUUUAUCUCCAUCUUCUUCCUCGCGACGCGUAAAUAAUAAAGAUAAAGAAAAUGAGCGCAAGACAUUGUCUCUCGAGUAUUACGAGGUAUUGGGAAAGGUUGAAAGAGCUAUCAAAGAUCACAAAAAAAGUAUUGUGCCGGUUCCUAGCCAAUUUUCAGCCAAAAAUACUAUAUGGAAACCAUGGUUACAACCUUGCUGCAAUCCUCCCUGGUGUCAUUGCAAACAAUGAAAUAAAAAUCAGGAAUGAAUUGUGAUAAUUGUAUUAAUUCAAAUAAAAAAUUAUUUAAAAUAAUUUCGCUUAAAAGAAAAUCGUCGCGAGGAUGAAAAAUAUGAUUAACUAACUGCCUGACAAUUAUUUUUUAACAUUUAAAAGUUAUUAAGAAAACCAAUUUAAUUAAAAUAAAAAUAAAACGAUCCCUUUUUGUUUCAAAUUAUUUAUAAAAUGUCAACUUUUUCUAGUCAAUGAAACACUCAAGAAUAUACUCGUUACAUUUUAUGCAGGAUUUUUUUAAAAAAUAAAAUAAUGAUAAAGUAUCGCUCAAUUUUUAUAGGUUUGGUAAGAAGCUUUUAUAUGAAAUUAACGCUAAAAAUAUUUUUAACAGCCAAAUCGACAUUCCUUUAUGAU